UUCAAUCUUUUUGGUUUAUAUCAUUUUUUAAAUUAGAAAAUAGGGUCCUGAAACAUAAGUAUUCGUUUGUAUACAGAAUAUUCAAACUAUAUAUAUUGUAAGGUCAUUAUGGGAUGGUUUUCCGACCAAUACUGACCGUAUGACGGGAAAGCAAUGUUUGAAUGGGAAAAUAGCAGAUUAUAUUUUUUCCUGGCCAUAAAAAGAAAGUAGUUGAAAACAUAGCUUUUGCAGGGUAAAAACCCUUGUCUUGGGAGUAGUUAUAUUAGUAUGAAGUUUUUCAUAAUUAUGGCUCUAGGACUCAAAUAAAAACCAGUCAAAUCAACGUAGCAAAGAUGUUGCAUAUUCAAAUCCUGGAAAAAGUAGAACAUUACCAAACAACAUAUUUAAUGUUAUUUCUUUUGCAUAAUGUUUGAGAUUCAUUUGUAAAGGAACGCAGAAUAAUACAGUUUUCACUCGAAUUUCUUUUUCAGGCUUUCAACGUACUUUAAUAUGUUCUAGUUUGGCCACAUCUAGGUCUGAUUCGUCAUUGCUUGAACUCUACUAGUCAAAAUGGUCUUGGUUAUCUGUACAUGCAAAACACUGAUGAAUUUUAAUGAAUGUGGAGAAACAAAGUGUGACAUGUAGGCAUUUUUUCGCAAGAAAACUACUAAAACUUAAUAAAUGUAGUGGUUGUAGGUAUAUAAGGCCACUUCCAACAGCCUUGUUGUUGGGUUAACCAUUUAGCGACGUGGUUAGAGUGUCCGCCUUCAUAUCACGAGGUCCGGGGUUUGAUCCUCGGAAGAGUCUCUGGUAUUUUACUACAAUGGCGACGAAGAUGUUUGACGGAUUCACCGAUUUGGAUUAGGCUAGAAACUGGUAGUAGGUUCAGUUGAUGACUUUGGCUAGAAACUGAUAAGAGGAUCAGUUGAUGCCUCGGGCUAGAAAUUGAUAAGAGGUUCAGUUGAUGCCUGGUCCUUCAAUGUUAGAGAGAAGAGGUGUGUAGUGGCUGUAGAUAUAUAAGACCACUUUUAACAGCCUUGCUUUUGGGUUAACCCUUUAGCGUCGUAAUUAGAGUGUCCGCCUUCAGAUUACGAGGCCCGGGGUUUGAUCCUCGGUAGAGUCUGUUGUAUUUUACUACAUAUAUGUAAUCUUUUUGUUUGCUAUGUAUGUGUGUGUAACGUCUUUUUUAACAAGUUUUCAGUCAUAUAAACGACGGUGUCUACUUGUAGCAGUGAGCACAAUGCCCAACUUUAAAGUGCUGCCUCACUGGAAUAUCACGCCGUAGACACGUGACAUGAUACCCCACACAGUCACAUUAUACUGACACUGACCAGUUCUAGCACUGCCCUCUUAAUGCUGAGCGCCAAGCGAGGAAGCUACUAGUACCAUUAUUUACGUCUUUGGUAUGACGCGACCGGGGAUCGAACCCAUUUUUGUUUGUUAAGACGUACAGAACGACUAUUACCACCAAUAUACUUGAUUGAAUCUGUAUAGAAAUUUAGAUAUAAUAGUUCACAGUUUGACAUUCCAGAAACAACCGACCUUACACUAUGACCUAAAAGAAGCUGGUUUCUCAAUCCGAAACAUUUCGUAAAUGAACGUCUUUACACCGUUGAGACGACCUUAUCAUGUAUCUUUAAAAAAAUAACCACAAACAUUGCAAAACUAGUUUCGACUUAUUGGUAUUUUUCCCAAAUUUUGAACAAAACGCUGAGCUGACCACAUCACUUUGUUUUGUUGACAGUUUUGCCUUUGUUCGGGCACAUUACCAGAACGUACGCCCACUAAUAUUUCCGCCAAUGUAUGUUUUUAUGAUGUUAAAAUCUUGCUUUACACACAACUAUGUUUUGAAAACCUUUAAGGAUUCUGUUUAAACCUUUCCAGUUUUUGAGAAUAUCAUAAAAUCGUAAGUCGACAUAAACAGAUUUUACAGUAUAAAAGUACCAGACAAUAAUUACUAGAUAAUAAGUGAAAAAUUUUAAAGAUAAAAAGCCUUUGAUAAUUGUUACAGCAGUGAAACAGAAAAGGUGAGUAAAUGUUUUCAUUUAUUUGUUAGUUAAACUAAAUUUGUUAAUUGUAAAUGACUGUCUAAUAUACUAUUGGUAUUAAAUUAAAAUGUACCGUUACAUAAUCAAAAUGAAAAAAAGAACAACGAAAACGUAGAUGCGAGUUGUACGCGUUCGGGUAUAAUUUCAUUCUUUAUUGAGCGCAUGAAGUGACAAAAUUCUGGUGAUAAAAUUCAUACAGUUCAACAUAACAUUUGUAAACUCAAACAAGGAGUUUUGUACAUAGACAUGUAAAGAGCAUUUCGAUCAGAUUUAUUGGACAGCAAAUGCUUAUGAGAAUGAAUAAGGCAACACCGUAGGCAUUUGUACAGACAAUUAUAUAAGGGCAGUGUAUAGUUUGAUUUACUGCAUUGCAGCAUACGUAAUAACAAGACUUGCCAUCGGACGAAUUUGACCUGUUUACUCUUUUUAAUUUGUCUGUAUUCAGACCUUGUAUUUUGUUAGAUAAGUCAAAUUUUGUGUAUAUAUUUUUUUUUUCGGAGAAUAGCAUCCCUUAUUACAAUAAAAUGACGUCAUUUCCAAGUGACGUUACUAACGUCAACAGUACAGUAUUAAUCCUGAAGAUCCCGUAAACGGGUGAAACCGAUUAAGUUACAUUAUUUUAUAUUACUUAAUUGGAUUAGAAUUAUUAAAUAUGUAAAAAAUUAAAGGCAUCUUGAUUCACUUUUUCCGCUGUUUAAUAUCCGUAUUGCCAAUCCAUACAUUUUUAAACUUGGUUAUUUAUAGGAUCUAAUUUAAAUAUGAAACUCAGCAGUUGGGCCCGCAGUCGUAAUUUAAAUAUGAAACUCAGCAGUUGGGCCCGCAAUCGAUUGUCGGACCGCGAAGUGGAAAAGUGGGUCUUUUGGCACCCAACUGUUUUUUACCACUUCUACAAUGGUCCCCACCAAUCAAUUAUUAUCAAAGAGACCCACUUAUCAGUUUUUAACACACCAGGCUAGUUUCCUCCGGGUAACUCCCCCGCACCCCCCCCCCCCCCACCUACCACCCCCACCCCGCCCACCUCUGGAGAAACGGUAAAUAGCUGAGUGCAAAAGACCCACUUUUUCACUUCCGACAAUCGACUUCAGACCCAACUUUUGACUUUCAAAAUUAAAUUAGACACUAUAAUUAACCAAAUUUAAAACUAUAUAAUAUAUAUAAAACUCUCUCUCUCUCCCUAUAUAUAAAUAUAUAUAGGGAGAGAGAGAGACAGAAAGAGAGAGAGAGAGAGUAUAGAUUCUCUGGUCCCAAAUCAGUUAAAAAGACAAAAAUGUUACUACUGAUUAGUGAGACAGGAAAACAAAGAUUUGAGUAAAUAUGUGCAAAUGUUGAACAAGUGCGAGUGUGUAGUACAAUUCGGGCUCGUAUAUAAAGCAGCAUCGAAGAUAAUCCUGUUGGGUUAGUGGACUUGCUGUGGCAUGUCUGGUAUAUUGUGGUGGUGACUUAGUUCGUAUCAGUUUAGUUCGUAAGGUGUCCAUGUAGUAUGAUAUCAGUAAUUCGUAUAAGCUGACAUGAAGUAUCUCGACUUUGUCCACCAGCGGUGUCGAACUGAUAACUUAUCAAACACUUCAAAACUUUUUGUUAUUGCAUAGUGAACAUUAUAUUGUUUGGUAUACAUAAUUUGGUAACAAGUAUUGAUUUAUAUCACAGGGGUAUAAAACUGUUGAAAACAGAUAUGACUUUAGAGAGAGACGACAACGAAACAGGCGUUGAUUUAGCAAGUUCCUAUGGCAAGAAUGAAUGUGCUAUCUGCUUGGAAAUUUGUAGAAAACCAAAAUUCUUGCCAUGUAUGCACAGGUUCUGUGACGAGCCAUGUCUACAGGAUCUUCUUCACAGAUCGUCAAGCAAGACAUUCAACUGUCCUUUAUGUCGAGAAGAAUAUGUUGUUGAACCAUUUAAACGUGUAAAACGAGAAACAAGGGACAGGCGUUCUUCCAAGUCAGAUCCAUUUCUUGCCCAACCUACUGAAAUGACCAGGUCUAUAACGUCAAUCAGGUCCAGUUAUCGUGGAUCUGAGUCUCGUACAGAAGAAUCAAAUUUAGAUAGUUCGCACAUAAUGGAAGAAAGCGCAACAAGGGAAACACGAGCAACAGGGAACAGAACUUCUUCAGAGGCUGAUCAUACAUUUCUGACAAUACCUUCUGAAAUGAUCAGGUCUAUAACGUCAAGCAGAUCAAGUAAUGGCGAGGCUGUCUCACGUACAGUAGAACCAAAUUUAGAUAGUUCUUACUCAUUGGAUAUGAUUUUAGAGAGAGACGACAACGAAACAUACACUGAUUUAUCAAGAUCCUAUGGCGAUGAUAAAUGUGCUAUCUGCUUGGGAAGUUGUAGAAACCCAACAUUCUUGCUAUGUAUGCACAGGUUCUGUGAAGAGCCAUGUCUACAGAAUCUUCUUCAUAGUUCACAGAGCAACACAUUCAAGUGCCCUAUAUGUCGACAGGAAUAUGAUGUUGAAAUGUUUGAAUGUGUAAGACGAGUAACAGGCGGCAGAACUUCUUCCGAGUCUGAUCAAUUUCCGGUUCAACCUACUGAAAUGACAAGGGCUUUAACGUCAAGCAGGUCCAGUAAUCGCGAGACUGUCGAAUCAAAUUUAGAGUGUUUUUACUCAAUGGCUUGCAGUUGUGGAAACAGAUGUGGAAACAGUUGUGGGAAAAAGCUAUACGUUCUGGGGAUUAUAGUUGGUGUGUUACAUUUCGUGUGUGCUAGUAUAGCAAGAGUGAUAACAGGAUCCAUCAUUCUGAAGGACCAUAAAGGCAACACAGAAGUUCAGAACAACGUUGCUGCCUUUCACCUUUGGGCUGGAAUCUGUAAUUUUGUUGCAGCAUUGACAAUAUGCUGCAUAUGCUGCAAACAGUGUUGUGAUAGAUUUAAAAAGUGCACGUAUUUUAUAACAGCGCUGGCUGCUUGUUUACUUAUAGCUGAUAUAAUAUAUUUUUGGUGCAGUAAAUGUAACCGAAAUGAUGACUGUGGCGGAACGUUCUUACUUUCCAAGUGUUAUUCAAUAGUGGACGGGAUAAUGAUUGUAUGUCUUAUUGUAUUUGGAUGUGUCAAAGCAAGUAGGAACAUCUGAUACUAACAGAUGCAUGGAAUUCUUUAAAGCAGAUACAAAAAAAUGCAUUUUAAUUCCGAAGGAUGGUGUGAUCACCAAUCAAGCGAAACAGAGCUAGAUCUAGAAAACAUUUUAUUAACUCCACUGUGACGUUUAUUCAAGUAGAUAUGAAUAGAUAUACUGAUUCUCUUUGUUGAAUGACUUGUGUGUACUUGUGUUCUCAGUUAUUUGAAGGAAAAUGAAAGCAGUAUUUUCAUAGAAAAUUACAUCUGUUAGUUGGUAGUAAUUCAUCAAGUUUGGUUCUACAUCUAAAAUGUUUCAUUAUAGAUAAUAGUAAUUAUCCGAUAAAAAAUCAAACUCUUCUACAAAGUGCAUAAUUCGAGCCUUUCUUCUGUCUUAUAAAUUCCACUAUGCGUAAAGCCUUUGGUACACUGCCGGUAAGCGAACUCCUGACUUCUGGCACCCAAAAACCUGAUGCUUACUGAUUACUGGAUAAUGUCACAUCACAUUCGAAUUGGUGAAUCUUUUAAUUCAUUUCUGUAGUAAAGUGUAGUUGUUUAAUAAAAAGGUUUGUUUUUUCUUUGUCGGAUGAUUGUUUGUAUUUGCAAACAUUCUGCUGUAAUACCUAAAAGGUGCUGAACCCUUGUGCAUUUUUUCAUGGACGCUUAAACAUUUUUGCAAGAUGUAUGUUCGAUCACAGAUACUGCUCGUUAUGAUUCUGCAAUAAAAAAGACAACAAUUUAGCAAACGUAUUAUAAAGUAUUUCCAGAUUUGUUUGAGUCUUUAAAAUGCAAACAGUAUUUUCAUAGCAAAGCAUACGCUUAUAAGAGGACACGUUUAUUUUAUGGCACUAAAUAUUUAUCUGCCAACAACAGAAACGGGUCACAUUGUUAAAGAAAUCUCCAAUAUAAUCCUUCAACGAUAGUCGGAUGUGUUGAAAUGUUCAGCAACCUUCAUGUCAUUUUAUACUGUGAAUGUAAUGCUGAUUAGAAACUGUAUGAAAUUUAGCAGACACUGGAAUGUUUGUAAAUUUGUAGCCAUACAUAAUAAAUGAAUGUAUUGUUUUGUUUUAGUAUACUACCACCAUUACAAUAACCAAAGAUAAUAAUGCCUUUCUUUUUUCGUCCGUAGAGUCGUUUUAUAAUGUAAUAUACGCAGUAUGUGUCGGAAUCUGACUGAGGUUCAUCUAUUAAGGUUUCUUUAACACUUGAUCAAAAUGAACUCUCUUGUGUUCCAGUUUAUCAUCAUGUCAAACAUUCGCCAGGUCCUCCCUCACAAAAAUAAAAUGCCAAGAGCAGUUUUCUGAUCCAUUCUGUUUUCCCACUACCACUGGGUCCGACCAUAGAAAAUAAAUUUUGAAACGUCAUCCCUCUCGAACUGUCCACUAUUAUUAAUGAUGGUAAAUAACUCCCAGUGGCUCCGUUUUUCCCACGUACAUAAAGUUGAUGUCUUAGCAUAGUGUCGCGCCUAGAAAAUGACUGGUGGCAAACAGGACACUGACUUAUUUGUGGGCUG